CUUGUUGCUGGGUAACCCGGUUCAGUUGACACCGGAUGAGGCAGCAGCAAUGGACGAGUAUCAAACAGAGGACGAGACUGCGUUCGUCGUUGAAGAAGUGAGUAAAAUCAUUAAAGAGUCAGUAGAAGCAGCCAUAGGAGGAAAUGCCUACCAGCACAGCAGAGUGAACCAGUGGACCACCAGUGUAGUGGAGCAGUGCCUCAGUCAACUCAGCAAGCUGGGGAAGCCUUUCAAAUAUAUUGUGACCUGUAUCAUCAUGCAGAAAAAUGGAGCAGGUCUGCAAACAGCCAGCGCAUGUUUCUGGGACAACACUACUGAUGGAAGCUGUGCAGUGAGAUGGGAGAACAAGUCCAUGUACUGUAUCGUCAACGUUUUCGGGCUGUCCAUUUAAACCAACUACAAUGUACCUCAAGUAUUUGAAAUGUGUAUUUUUGAGAACCAGCUUGUUAUGUUUGACUAUAUUUGAAUAAAAAUGUUUUUUUUAAGUGCAACUGAUCAGAAUAAUA